UACAGAACUGCAAACACGUUAAACCAGCAACAGCAGCAGCAGAUAGUGAAUUCUCGAGUGUGCAACGGUUUCUUUUCGGAGUUUUCGGAUUUGUUCUCAUGGAAAAUAAAGCAUUCCAUUUUGGCAACUUCAAACCAUUCGUGUUUUCUUAAGCGUUGAGUUUCGUGAUAUCUAGCGGACAUGUUAUGGCGCAGUCUGCGCGGCACCCAAUUCCUCGCGACCAGAGUGUUCCUUUCCUUGGGGAGCGUUGUUAACGGUUCUGUGAGCGUUUCGGCCGUUAGCAGUGUAUUCACGGGUGCCAGUCCGCUGUCUUGGGUUCCGCGCCGAGUUGUCCGCACCAAGGCAACGAUGUCGUCGGAUGAAGAGGAUGUGGCCCUUAAAAAGGCCCUGUCAAACAAAGCUCUCACGCCAAAGGAGAAAAAGUCCAUCGAGAAGAUUUAUCAGAAGAGGUCGCAGCUGGAGCACAUUUUGCUCCGUCCGGACACCUACAUCGGUUCUAUUGAGGCCGUCACGCAGGACAUGUGGGUGUUUGACACUGAACAGAAAAAGAUGGUGUUCCGUGAGAUCAAAUUCGUUCCCGGACUGUACAAGAUCUUUGACGAAAUCCUUGUCAAUGCUGCGGAUAACAAACAGCGCGACCAGUCCAUGUCGCUGAUCAAAAUUGAUAUCAACCCGGAGAAGAACCAGAUAUCAGUGUGGAAUAACGGUCAAGGUGUUCCGGUCGUAGAGCAUAAAGAAGAAAAAAUGCUGGUCCCCACCAUGAUUUUCGGGCAUUUAUUGACGUCGUCUAACUAUGACGAUGAUGAGAAAAAAGUGACAGGUGGACGCAAUGGAUACGGAGCCAAGCUGUGCAAUAUCUUCAGUAAUAAAUUCGUUGUCGAAACCGCUUCCAAAGAAUAUAAGAAGAAAUUCAAGCAGGAAUGGUCGAAAAAUAUGGGAAAAGCUGGAGAGCCAAAAGUGGAUUCGUUCAGUGGCGAUGAUUUCACCAAAAUCACUUUCGAACCGGAUCUCAGCAAAUUCCAGAUGACAGUUCUGGAUAAAGACGUCGUGGAUCUUUUAUCGAGACGUGCUUAUGAUGUAGCGGGAACUACUGGAGGCGUUAAAGUGUACCUUAAUGGAGAAAGGCUGCCGAUCUCUAAUUUCAAGCAGUAUGUUGAACUAUAUACGGCCAAUAGUACCGACGAAAUGGGAAAUCCCUUGAGUGUUGUAACGGAGAAGGCUAACGAAAGAUGGGAGGUUGCGGUCACUUCGAGCGACACUGGCUUCAACCAAGUUAGCUUCGUUAACAGCAUCGCUACCACAAAGGGCGGACGCCAUGUGGAGUAUAUCACUGAUCAAAUUACCAAAGCAAUGAACGAAGUUAUCAAGAAGAAGAAUAAGAGCGGUGCGGAGAUCAAAGCAUUUCAGAUCAAAAAUCAUCUGUGGGUUUUUGUUAACUGCCUCAUUGAAAAUCCGACAUUCGAUUCUCAGACGAAGGAGAAUAUGACCUUGCAAGUUCGCAGUUUUGGGUCUAAAUGCCAGCUGUCUGAUAAAUUUAUUGGAAACGCGUUGAAGUCUGGAAUAGUUGAAAACAUUCUGGCGUUCGCAAAAGCAAAAGCAGAGAGCCAGAUGGGCAAGAAGAUUCAUGGCGCCAAAACCGCGAAAAUUCGUGGAAUCCCUAAACUGGAGGACGCCAACGAUGCCGGCACGAAGCAUUCUUUGGACUGCACUCUGAUCUUAACGGAGGGAGACUCAGCUAAGGCGUUGGCUGUUUCCGGAUUCAGUGUAGUUGGACGCGAUAAGUAUGGCGUGUUUCCGCUGCGUGGAAAAUUGUUAAACGUCCGCGAAGCUACUCCAAAACAGCUGAUGGAGAAUGCCGAGAUCAACAGUAUUGUUAAGAUUUUGGGCCUCCAGUACAAACGAAAAUACGAUUCGGAGGAUGAUUUGAAGUCACUUCGUUAUGGAAAACUGAUGAUCAUGACGGAUCAAGACCAAGAUGGCUCUCACAUCAAGGGGCUGCUUAUCAAUUUCAUUCACUUUAACUGGCCUAGUCUUUUGAGACACGCUUUUCUUGAAGAAUUUAUAACUCCAAUUGUGAAGGCGACCAAAGGGAAGAUUGAGGAAUGCUUUUAUAGCCUCCCAGAGCUGGAAGAAUGGAAGGCCAAGCUCACAGAGAACGAGUUGAAAAGAUACAAGAUCAAAUAUUACAAAGGAUUGGGUACUAGUACGUCGAAGGAAGCCAAAGAAUACUUUGACAACAUGACGCGUCACCGGAUAGCUUUCCGAUACGGUGGACAUGAGGACGACGAUGCUAUUGAUCUGGCUUUUGCGAAAAAUAAGGCGGACGCCAGAAAAGAUUGGCUGACGAAAGGAAUGGAAGACCGUAAACAACGCAGAUUGGAUGGCCUCGGCGAAGUUUAUCUUUAUACAAAAACCACGAAGGCUGUGACAUACAAGAAAUUCGUGGAUGAGGAGCUUAUUUUGUUCAGUAAUAUGGAUAAUGAGCGAUCCAUCCCUUCCAUUCUUGAUGGUUUAAAGCCUGGACAACGGAAAGUACUUUUCACACUUUUCAAGAAGAAUGAGAAAAAGGAAUUAAAGGUGGCCCAGUUUGCCGGUUCCGUCGCUGAGCUUUCCGCUUAUCAUCACGGCGAACAAUCAUUGAUGUCGACGAUUAUUGGAUUGGCUCAGAAUUUCGUUGGAUCGAACAACAUCAACCUCCUCAUGCCACUCGGACAGUUUGGUACUCGUCUGCUUGGUGGAAAAGAUGCUGCCAGCCCUCGAUACAUCUUCACCAAUCUGAGCCCAAUGGCCAGAGCCGUGUUCCAUCCCCACGAUGAUCCGCUGCUAAAUUAUCUAAACGAAGAUAACCAGAAGAUCGAGCCAGAUUGGUAUAUUCCCGUUGUGCCUAUGGUUUUGAUUAAUGGCGCCGAAGGCAUUGGAACCGGGUGGAUGACGAAAAUUCCGAAUUAUAAUCCACUGGAUAUUGUCGCGAAUUUAAGAGCUUUGAUCCGCGGAGAUGAAAUAAAGCCAAUGAAACCAUGGUAUAAAGGAUAUCGAGGGGAGAUUCUGCCUGUGGAUCCAACUCGUUAUUUGACUAACGGAGAAGUGGCAGUUCUUGACCAGGACAAUUCCAUUGAAAUAACUGAACUGCCGAUUCGGACAUGGACUCAAAGCUAUAAAGAAUCGGUUGUCGAGCCUUUGCUUUCAGGCACAGAAACCAAAGAUGGGAAAGGGAAGCCUGCUCAGAUUCUGGAUUACAAAGAGUACCAUACGGAUACUACCGUUCGCUUUGUGAUUCGAAUGUCAGGAGAGAAAUUUGAGGAAUUCCAAAGGGAAGGUUUCCAUAAGGCAUUUAAGCUCCAGCAGACCAUAUCGAUGAGCAGUAUGGUUCUUUUUGAUUCUAAUGGAGUUAUUCGCAAAUACGAUAAUGUCAACGACAUCUUGCGUGAGUUUUUUGAAGUUCGAAUGGCGUUUUACGGCAAACGAAAAGACUAUCUUGUGGCGCAUCUGUCGGCUGAGGCGCUGUCGCUGGAGAACAAAGCACGGUUCAUUGACGAAAAAAUUAAGGGGAAAAUUACAAUUGAAAACGUUAAGCGGAAAGACCUAAUCACUAAAUUGAAGACAGCCCAACCACCUUAUGAUUCGGAUCCGGUGAAAACCUGGAAAAAGAAAAUUUCUGCGAUGACAGAAGAUGAAGCUCCUAUCGCGGAUGACGAUGACGGCAAGAAGAAUAUUGAAAACGAGGAAGCCGGAUCAGAUUUUAACUACAUUCUUGAAAUGCCUCUUUGGAGUUUGACGAGUGAGCGAUUUGCGGAACUCUUGAAAAAGCGGGAUGCGAUGAAUGACGAGUUAUCCAUUCUUCGGAAGAAGACACCCUCAGAUUUGUACACGGAGGAUCUGGACGAAUUCGAAUCCCGUCUGAAAAAAGUGGAAGCAGAAGAAGCGGACGGAGAAGCCUUUGUGUCGCCAAACAAAAAGCCUGCUGGUAAAGGUGCUGCAGCUAAGGGCAAGAAGGGAAAGGGAGCCGUUGCCAGCAAAGCCGACACGCUUCCGUCAGUCUACGGAACCCGCGUUGAGCCCGUUGUUGAUGUUGCUACUAUUGCCAAGUUUGAGAAAGCUAAGGAACUAAAGGAAAGAAAGGCCGCUGGCGAGCCGGCUCGAAAAGGUCGCAAAGGAAAGGAUGUUGAUAAAAAGAAUACAAAAGAGAAAGCCACGGAAGAAGCAGGUGGUAAAAAGUUCAAGCAAACCACACUGGAUACGAAGGUUGAGAAGAAAGCACCGGCUAAGAAGAAGGCCGCCGAUUCCGACGACGAGUCUUCCUUCCACUCAUCCGCGCUUAGCAGCGAUGAAGACGAAGAGAUGGUCAUCGAUGACUCGGAAAGCGAAGGGGAAACAAAAGCCAAAAAGCCUGCAAAACACUUAGCUCCCAAGCGCAAACGCGAUUUGAGCCCGGAAAUCGAAGAAGAGAAUAUUGACAUCAACGCCGAGAAGAAGAAGAAAACCAUGGCGAAGAAGAAAGAGGCUGUGGUGGAAAAGACGGAAGACGACUCGGAAAAGGGUGUUCAGUCGGUCGGUCAGCUACCAGCCGGUCGCGCACCGGCUACGAAAGCGCCAAUAAAAUUGGCCGAUACGAAGAAAGUCGUUGCCAUGAAAGCGGCCAAGGUUAUUUCGCUCUCAUCUGACGAAGAGGAGGAACCGCCAAAACCAGCAAGGAAACCGGCCGCGAAGAAAGAACCUCUGAAGCCUUCCAAACGAGCUGUGUCGGAAUCUGCAUCGGAGGAGGAAAUUGUCGCUCCUCGCGCGCGUACAGCCCGUGCUGCUGCCGCAGCAGUGAAAAAGUUCGUCUUCGACGAUAGCGCCUCGGAAACCGACAACAGCGAAGAGUAUGUCCUGGAAACCAGCAGUUAGGUUUUGUUGUUAUAAUAUAUUGUAUUUCUUUGGCUCACGGAAAGUUUUGGCUUCUCCAGAAUUUCUCCUUUUUGUCUGUUCAGUUUUUUGUUGUAAAAUUGAAAUCCGUUUUUUUUUGUGAAUCUUUGAGUCUCUUUUCCGUUAUUUCUGCUGUUGAGGUAUUGAAGAUUGUUUGUUGCGCUUUUCGAUGAGAAUCCUGUCCGUCCGAAUGGAAAUCCACUUUAGGCUGUUUUAAGCAGUUGUACAUGCCGUGCUGCUGGCAGUUGUUGAUUUAUUUCACAAUUUUUCAGUGAACUUGAAUAAUAUAGUACUGUAUAUCUUUGA